AUGACAUCUUCGUCGCAGAUAAAUAACGAAGGAAUUAAACGACCACUUAAUUUUAGUAUAGAUCAUAUUUUAAAUAACGCGGGACAAUCUAAACAAAGUUCCGAAAAUAAUUUAUCGUCUAAUAUCUCUAUGUUAUCUUUACCUUGGUUACAAUGUACGAGAUAUUGUCCACCAAAAGUUCCAAGACGUAAAGAUCCUCCACAAAGAAGACAAUUGGGUCGCCACCCGAGGAUACCUUUUACAACACAUCAAUUGGCCGUUCUUGAGGAACAUUUUAAACGGAGCCCUUAUCUAAGCAGUCAAGAAGUAAAGGAAUUGUCUCGAGACCUGGACCUAGCGGACAUUCGGGUUAAAAUAUGGUUUCAAAAUAGAAGGGCGAGAGAACGCCGGGAAGGAUCGACUAAACAAGAUGAAAUUGAAAAGGGUUUUUUAGAAAAUCAAAAAUUAAAUUUUCCCUCUAGAACAAUAGCGGCAACUCCAUCUAUUAGUGAUAUAAAUAAUCAAUUAGAGAUUCCAUCAAAUUAUAAUUUUUCUAUGAAAGUGCAUCAAAGGAACACGAAUCAGAAUAAUUUAAAUUUUGUACCAGGAAAAGAUUCUGACGAUACCUCACAAGAUUGUAACUCGUUAAGUAGCUCUAGCUCAUGCUCAUGCCCUUCAGUUGAAGGGAAACAUUCAGAACCACACAGCAGUGAACAAGGAGAAGAAAAUUGGACUGAUACUGAUGAAAGCCCACAAUUACAUCCAUUUAGUGAAAAAGGAUUGAAAUGUAAUAUCUCAUUAACAUCUUCAGAGUACGACGUAUUUUCGUUGAUAUUUGAUGAAAAGCUUAUUGAAAAAAUUUGUGAUUGGACAAAUGCUCGCGCUAAUUAUAUGAUUCAAAAUCAAAACCUAAAAC